AUGAGGAACUCUGAGAGUGCCUCUGGUUUAGCUGGGGAAGAGCAGUCCGGUAGGUUUGCAUCUACCAGCGUUAGCCAACCACAGCCUCAAACAACUUCGUUAUCUUGGGACACACGAAUUCAAUGUUUUGUUGGAUGUUUUCUAUUGUCUAUCAUAAGUUCAAUUUGCGCAAAUUACUUGCUGCUCUUAACUAAGCUCACGGGUUUCUGCAUAAUGACUUCUAUCGGUGCUGUUUUAUCACUCUCGAGUACUUGCUUUUUGAUGGGACCUAUCGGACAGAUCAAAAAAAUGUUCGAUAGUAGUCGGUGGUUGGCGUCUGUUUUGUACAUAACUUUAAUAUUAGCUACUCUCAUAGCAGGGUUACUUCUGAAGAAUGCUCCUCUUGCUGUUAUUUGUACAAUUGGACAAUAUCUUGCUAUGGCGUGGUACUCAUUAUCGUAUAUCCCAUAUGCCAGAGAGACAGUAGCUCGAGUAGUUUGCUCCUGCGUCUAA